UUUAUCCGAUAGGAAGUGAUCAUUCUUGUUUCUUUAAUAGAAUUCGACAUUAACUAAGACUGAGCACUCCCAAAACUGUUGAUCAAAACAAAAAGUAUUUUUUCAAAAAGCUACUCAGUUUAAAGCGACAGAGGCGCCUUACAAUGAAGUUGGAGGUUUUCUCUGCGAGUCGCCUUGCGGACAAGCCGCUGGACCUGUGCAAUGAUAUGGAUGUGAACGUGGCUUCCCCGCUGUCCACGGAGGAGGAAUUGGGCUCGGAUGGAGACUGUUCAGCCAACAGCCCAAGACCAAGUGCCCCCGUUUCGGACGGGAAGGCGAAACCAUAUACGCGUAGACCCAAACCACCAUACUCCUACAUCGCGCUCAUUGCUAUGGCCAUACGCGAUUCCAACACCGGCCGCCUCACACUUGCUGAAAUAAACGAGUACUUAAUGAAAAAAUUUCCGUUUUUUCGGGGCAGCUACACGGGGUGGCGAAACUCCGUACGGCAUAACUUGUCAUUGAACGACUGCUUUUUAAAAGUGCUGCGAGAUCCCUCGCGUCCGUGGGGAAAAGACAACUAUUGGAUGUUGAAUCCACACAGUGAAUACACUUUCGCAGACGGCGUUUUCCGCCGGAGGAGGAAGCGCAUCAGUAAGAAGAUCCUGAGCACCUCGCAAUCUCAAGAGCGCGCGCCUGCGGAUGACAGCCGGCUCCCAGCGCGAGACGAAAAGUCAAAGUUUUCCAGUUCCUUCGCCAUAGACAGCAUCCUCAGCAAACCGUUUAUGCGGAGGGAGCAAAGCACAGAGGACACGUGUUUUGGUACCAGGCUAAUGUUGUCAGCGGCCCCGCACUUUCUGCCUGUCGUCAUGGGCUAUCCGCCGUCCGCCGUGGCUCAUGCGCCGCAGAACGGAUUCCAGGUCAGCUCUGAGGUGUCGAAUGCCUUUCCAAUCUACAGGUGUAAUACGGCGGACAUUACUAGCAUCAGUCGAAUGCCGGGCAUACCGAAUUCCCUUCCGGGUUUGGCACACUCCCACACUACUGUACAAGAGACUAAAUAUCAUCCCUUCAGAAUAGACUCUCUGCUGUCAUGAAAUGACAAGUGAUCAAGCCAAUUUGCACACAUUCACACGCUUAAACGCAAUUUCUUUGGUGUUUGACACACCAGUUAUGUGCACUUUCCUCUGUUAAAUGGUGUGUUUUAGGCCUAUGUGUGUUUUCGUGAUUUAAACCCAUGCACAAUACUUAGGCUACUGCAGUGCUGCAUGUUUGCUGUUUAGAUGUCUUCUUAGAUGAAUCAAUGCCGCGCCAGUGUACAGUGUUUACCGAUUCCAUUUUAAUUUCUUGCAAACGAUGGCAUAACCAUGCCAAUAAUUAUGGACAUAAUGUGAUGUCUACUUCUUUGAAAAAUUGUGUUGGGUUAUACUUGUACCGUGUUUUAUGUCUGUGUAAAUAUGAUGGUUUGUUUAGAGCUGUGCUCAGUCAGUUGAACAACAUAUGCAGUUGUACUUUCGUUAAUAAAAGAAAAUAUG